AUGGCCUCUCAUCAUGCAUCUGUGAACUUCAGGUUCCCGGUAGAGCCUCAACGCGGCGAUGUGGUUAUUCUCGUUGGGCACCAGGAGAACAAACGCUUUCUAGAGCUUUGCAACAGCACCUUCGGGCCACGGGAAGUUUAUUGCAUUUGGUUCUUUAGUGAGCUGGAGGCGCACGGUCGAGGGACUUACAUGCAGCCUGGACUUUGCGAGGUCUGGGAAUACACAAGGGCGAAUGCCCCCAUAGCCCGCGUAGUCCGCUACACACCACCAGGGUUCCUGCCUCCCUUGAACCCCCUGAGUGCCAACGAUAUGGCAGUGCAACAGAGUGUGAUGGACUUUCGCUCGAAGCCAGCUGGCAAACGCCCAGAACUUGUUUUCAUCGGUACGGGGAGCCCGUGGCGAGACAAAUGUAGAGCCUUCCUGAAGCACGCGAAGAACCGUCCGCUUUUGUCCAAGUUUGAGGAGUUUCCCCUUUGGGGAGGGGGUUGGCGCGCCUUGGUGAAAAAACCAGGCGUGGUUUACCUCAACAUGCACAGGUAUUGCAACUCCUCGAUGAUGUACACAAAUUCCAGAUCUCCUAGACCUUUGGAGACUGUUCGUUUGUCUCUCUUGCUUAGCAUGGGAGCUGUUGUUUUGUCAGAACAGAGCAAUGAUAAUGACACCAAGAUUUUUGAGGACCUUGUCCUUUUCGAGCCUAACCUGUUUUCGAAAUUGCCAUGGAGCCCGAAAGUGAGGAAGGUGCUGUCGGACAGGAAUGCUUACCUGGACUGGCAAACGCAUGCCUACCAACUUUUCAAAGAGAAGUUUCAUCCUCGUCAGGUCAUGCUUGAUGCAGACGUGUGGGACGGAGGGAAGCUGCGCAUGAAGAGCGAGAACCGCACCUGUUUCGAGUGUCCAGCCAGGAAUCCUACCUGGAUCUCGCUGACCUGGGGCAUCUAUCUCUGUCUGGAGUGUUCCGGAGAGCAUAGACGAAAGGGUGUCCACAUAUCUUUUGUACGAAGCGUGGAGCUUGAUAGCUUCACGCCAGAACAGAUGGUGCAGAUGGCUGUGGGAGGCAACGGCAAGGCUCAGGAGUACUUCAAGGGCCACGAGAUGGGUAAACUCUCCUCGUCUGGUCGCGUUGCGGACUACACCUCCAAGGCCGCUGAGAGGUACAGGGCGCAACUCGAAGCGGACGUGAAAAAGGCUUGUGAGAAGCUUGGCGUGGCUAGCAAAAGUGCCAGCCAGGCCGCCAGCAAAGAGGAAGUUCCAGUGGAUCCAGUGGACCAGGCCGCCGACUUCUCCUUCGAGGGACCCGAGAAGGCAGCGAGUGCAUCGCCCUCCUCGAAGUCCAUGGGUGCGCAGUCCGCCCCGUCGCCGCAGGCGAUGGGCUACUCGGACUCUCCGAUGCGAGGUGCCUCCGCGCCAGCAGUUGUCCCCACACAGAAGCCUGUGCACACUGUGCCUUCGGCGCACGUCGUCAGACGAUCAAACUUACCGGCGCCUGCGCCAAAAGCUCCAGGUUUUGCUUCCAAGCAGAUGGCGAAGCAGAUAGACUUCGACUUCGACUUUGACGACCUGGAGUUGGAGGCUUCGAAGACGAAGCCCCAGCCCGUCUGCUAA